AUGAAGAACAACCUGAUGCUCUCACUCAACAACGCCAAGGACUACCUGAAAAGCAGAAACGAAAAUGGCCAAUCUGUGUACAACCACAUAUGUGACGUAAUAAAUUUUAUUAUCGUGGAGAAGCCAGAAAAAUGUUAUGAGCAUUUCGAAAUGAUUUCUAGUCAUAUAAAGGAAAGUAAAAAGGGGGACUCCGUAUCUGCUCCGUCUUCCGCAGCGUGUGGUUCUCCUUCCCACCGUGGAAGGUCCAAAGCGUCCAAAGAGCCCCACUUGAGGGACGCCAAUCUGGACAGCUACAUACUCCACGAUUAUAUAAAAAAUAAAAAGGACUGGCUAGCCAAAAUAAAACUCUCACUCCAGAAGAAAGUGCAGCCAAAACCGUCUCAUUUGCCAUUUUUAAAAAAUUUUUACGAACAAGCGAAAUUAAUUAACUGGGCAGGAUACCACAUAGGGAGUGAUUCCGUUUGGCUCAUCAACGAAUCCGUGAAAAACGUCCUCGAAAAAUAUAAAAAUGAAUUGGCUUCCCUGCACUUCUGGGGAAUACUCAAAGGGGUAAAAAACGACUACUACAUUUUGGAAGGCCUUCUAAAGGGGGACUCCACCUUCCUGCUUCAGAGAAAAGGGAAAAAGGCAGCACCUUCGGAGGACUCCAAUGGGGGGGAGUCCUCCAGCAGCGAAGAGUCCUCAUCAACAGAGGGGGGGAAGCACGAAGAGGAAGGCGAGGAGGAAGACGAGGAAGAGGACGACGAAGAGGACGAAAACGACGAAGAGGACAGCAAUGACGAAGGGCGGAAAAACCGAAAUAACUCCAGCGGAAAAUCCACAAACCCAAAGGGAAAAAACAAACCAACGGAGAGCCACCAGCUGAAAUACACAAGGGAAGACUUUGCCACCUUCAACAAGAGGGUCAACAGACACGUCUACUGGGCGUCCGUCAACGGAACGGACGAAUGGGUUCUCCUAAAACCGACGACGCCAGAGUACAUCCAAAUGGCUAGUAGAACCAAUAAAAUGCUAACGGGGCAUAUGAACAAAAUAAUAACCGCCUUCCCCAACAUUGCCAUAAAGGAAAAGCACUACCUUAGGGCGCUCAUUUCGCUCAUAUCCUCCUACACGCACAUAUCGCCUAGGCGGUACUACAUCACCAGGGGGGCGGAAAAAAAACGGGGGGCUGGGAAGCGGAAAAAGGGGGGCAAAGACCAAAGCGGUGAAGAGGGUGAAGAGGGUGUAGACCAAGACGAAGACGAAGAGGAUUACUCCAAUGCGUCUAACGAAAAGGACGACCAUUCUAGCGAAACGAACGAUGAAAAUGAAUACACUGAGGAUGGCGAGGAGGAGGAGGAGGAAGAGCGGGGCGGAGACAAACGGAACGGAGGUCUCGACCAUCACAAGGACAGCCACAAUGCUGGGGAAGAUAGCCUAAUUGAAAAUAAAAAGUUCCAAUUCGAUACAAAUGCCCUUUCACGCUUGGAAAACUGGGUUCACUGCAAACAUUACUUCCUACCCAAUGGACAUGUGUGCUACCCCAAAGAUGGACGCACGAAAAAUGGGGGACGAGCAAGGAACGCCCAAAUGAGGCAAAUUAUUAAACAAAACCCCCCUUUAAAAAUUUUAAGAGGCAUUAAUGCGCAAAAAGAAAACCAAGUUACUCCCACGUGGAAGGUGAAGCACCUCAAUCCUGGUCACUACUACGGACCGCAUAGUCUCCACUACGACGUAAUCGUCAUAUACAAUUUUACCUUUUAUGGCGCCUUUACUGUUUACUCAAAUGGGCAGUUUUUUAACUUCUACGUUGGAAAUGGGAUGAAAUCGAAACACUCGUUUAUUCACACGUACCAGCCUGGCAAAGUCGAGUCGGACGAGAGUGAGUUGUCCGAGGUGGACCACUCAAGCUGA